AUGGAAUAUAGCGAAUCUAGGAAGGCGAUGUUCUGUGCCGCAUCGACCUCGCUAGACCAUCUGAACUGGGCGCUCCUUUUGUUCAUACGUAUCGUCACUGAGAUGACAGGUGGAAUAGGCGAUAUCGGCCCAGACGAAUUGGAUUGGCUCGUUCGAGCUCCAGAGGGGAAGGGUUCGCAGCCACUAUGCAUGUUCAGAUACGAAGGAACCCACAUCGCGUCACUCUUCACUACCGGCGAUUCCUUUCCCCUUCCCUACCUUGCACACGGUUUCCUGAUUUUCGUCCCAUGCAUCGGGCUAGCCAGCAUCACGCGCGUUCCAAGGGAGACAAGGAUCGGCACCUACUCCGACUUGCUACUUGUGCGAUCGAUCUACGCUGACAGACAUCAGAACGAGGCGCUGCGGUCAUUGCGAUCCUCCCAGGUCCUAGUCGCCAAUGACUAA